GUUCAUCUACCGGAGAUCUACUACGACACUACCACUACUGCUACGACUGUUGCUACCAUGGCAUCCUCCUCGUUCAGAGAUUCUAUGAACUCUCUCGGGUGGUCACGCCGCGAGCCCGAUGUCCCCGUCACCACCAGUCAGCAGACGGGUCUCUUAUCGUCGAUCAAGUCCUUGAAUCCGUUUGGCGAUGGUGGCUAUGGCCGUCUCCCAACUACGGAGUCUGCUGGGGCACCGCUGCCGGCUCGUAAUCGACGUGAAGAGGACGAAGCCUGGUUUGCCUUGAGUAGAUGGGAUCGGCUUCUGAUCUUUGGUGGCUGCAACCUGGGCGCGCUUGCAUGCUUCGUCCUCGUCUUUGCAUUAUGGCCACUAAUGAUGGCAAAGCCCAGGAAAUUUGCUAUUCUAUGGUCUUUAGGUUCAGCCUUGUUCUUAGCCUCCUGGGCCGCCAUAAUGGGUCCUUGGACCUAUUGCCAACACCUGAUAUCAACACCACGUCUCCCCUUUACGGCCGCCUAUUUUGGAUCUAUUGGCCUUACGUUGUACUUCAGUCUGGGUCUUGGAAACACCUUUCUCACCUUCAUCUCGUCGAUCGUACAGCUGGCUUGCUUGAUUUGGUAUCUGGUCAGCUACUUUCCCAUGGGGUCGAGCGGUCUGCGGCUCGCGACGAGCUUUGGGGCUCAGCGAGCUGCGGCAUGGAUGACUGGGUAAUGAAGGCAUGUCUGCAAGCCUCUGAUGGAGUUUUGAUGGAUAUGUAUGCGUGUACUGUAGCUGGUCAUGAUUAUCGAUUCUCUCUUAUCGACUCUCUUAUCGAUUCUCUCAGAACUCAAGCAGCACCUGAAUCACGUUUUGUACCCCG